CGGAAGUUGACUAUUAGUCCGCUAACUUGACCGAGCUGUCGUUCGUAACGAGCGAUGGCUGACAUUCUUUGUUGACAAAAGUGGCCUGCAGAUUACAUUACUAAUUGUUUCGGCGGCGCGACGGCGGCCAUAACUGUAAAUUAUAUUAGUUAUUCUCACCGGUUGAACAAAAUUGGUCGCGUUCGCUUUCAGAGGCGGACUUAAUUCGCGGUUAGCUAACGCGAGCGUGUUAGCUCCGCUCCGCUAGGAUGUCGCUGCACGGCAAGAGAAAAGAAAUCUACAAAUACGAGGCGCCAUGGACGGUUUACGCCAUGAACUGGAGCGUGCGACCGGACAAACGUUUUCGCUUGGCGCUGGGAAGCUUCGUGGAAGAAUACAACAACAAGGUUCAGCUGGUGGGGCUGGAAGAAGAGAGUUCGGAGUUCGUGUGUCGGAACACCUUCGACCACCCGUACCCCACCACCAAGAUCAUGUGGAUCCCAGACACUAAGGGGGUCUACCCAGACCUGCUGGCAACCAGCGGAGACUACCUGCGGAUCUGGAGGGUCAGUGACACAGAAACACGUCUGGAAUGUUUGCUGAACAACAACAAGAACUCCGAUUUCUGUGCACCGCUCACAUCCUUUGACUGGAACGAGGUGGACCCUAACCUGCUCGGCACAUCCAGUAUCGACACCACCUGCACCAUUUGGGGUCUGGAGACAGGUCAGGUUCUCGGCCGUGUCAACUUGGUAUCGGGACAUGUCAAGACGCAGCUCAUAGCCCAUGACAAAGAGGUAUACGACAUUGCUUUCAGUCGUGCUGGCGGCGGCCGUGACAUGUUCGCGUCGGUGGGCGCCGACGGCUCGGUGCGCAUGUUCGACCUGCGUCAUUUGGAGCACAGCACCAUCAUCUACGAGGACCCCCAGCAUCACCCGCUGCUGCGCCUCUGCUGGAACAAGCAAGACCCCAACUACUUGGCCACCAUGGCCAUGGACGGCAUGGAGGUUGUGAUUCUAGACGUUCGCGUGCCAUGCACACCAGUUGCUCGCCUCAACAACCACCGUGCCUGCGUCAACGGCAUCGCCUGGGCACCGCACUCCUCAUGUCACAUCUGCACUGCAGUAGCCGAUGACCACCAGGCUCUGAUCUGGGACAUCCAGCAGAUGCCACGCGCCAUCGAGGACCCCAUCCUGGCGUACACUGCUGAGGGUGAGAUCAACAACGUGCAGUGGGCGUCCACGCAACCCGACUGGAUUGCCAUCUGCUACAACAACUGCCUGGAGAUUCUGCGCGUCUGAUGGGAAGGAGGGAUUUUUUUCCCCCCUUUUCUUUUGCGGACUCAGAAUGAACUGUUUGGAGUGGACGUACUCCGCAAUAAGCCUGGCUUUUUGGUCUGACGCUUUUCCUCUUCUUCGACUUUGUGUGUUCCAGCUCUUUAUUUAUUCCGCUCUCGUAGUACCGAAGCGCUUCAGUUACACAGUGACAAAAAAAGAAAAAAAUUAAUUGCACCAUAAGAUUUAGGUCUUUUAUAUUAUUUUGGUGGCGGGGGCUAUUUUUUAGGUACUUUUCAAAAGACUUUUGAAAUAUAUUUUCGUGAAGCAAAUCUGUAAUUUCUGAGGAGGGGAGUCAUAUCUCUGAGAGAGAAACUAACCUGAUAUUUCAGAUAAUUUUGCCAUACUUUUUCAUUCAUUCAUCUUCCACACAGCCCCCCGCCCCAACAAAGUGAUUUUCUUUUUACAGAUUUCAACAAAUUCCUGGAUAUAGUUUUCUGAAAAAAAAAGUAUCUGGUACUGUUAUGUUUUUUUUUUCUUUUUAGGGUGUCGCUGAUAUUCCUCGGUCUCAUAGUGCUUGGAACGCUGAAGAUUUUGACAUUGUUUGUGAGAUGAUCUCCAUUAUUUUGGUUGUACUUGUUGUGAAGACUAAACACAGAUUCCGCUGUGUUCUUCUGUGGUACACUGGUCUCUACUUUCACUACUCCCACAGACAGCAGCAACUCCAGACUUUGUUCAUUUCUUUGUAAAAUGUCCUCCUUUCUUACCUCUCGCCUGUGCCAGAAAAAUUGACUUGUCCUUUUGUCUCGUUUUGCAUAUCGAGGUUGUGUCCUUGUAGCAUGCCAUUAUAAAGCAAGGAAAAAGUGUACAUAAAUAUAAAUAUAUCCAUUUAAAGAUGUCGGAUGGCAAAGUGAUCAAGUUGUAGCCUUUGUUUUUUUUUUUUUGCAUUAGGUUUCAUGGAAGUUUCUCUUAUAAUAAAUAGUAUUCCUUCACGUGUCAACUCUUUUUGUCUUUAUUAUUGUAUUAACAAAAAAUAAAUUUGUAUUUUAAAUGUUUUAAGCACUUUUUUUCUUUUUUUAAGUAUACGGUGUGUGCCAGACGACGCAUGUGGGUCGAAAACAUGGAAGUCGGAAGAAAAAUU